CUUGGAGGAGCACUACUGCUGCAGGAGGCACACGGCACGCUUGAGGUCUCUUAACACUCCUUAGCUACAUCAGGCCUAGCAGCUCGUGAAACAGCUCACGAGGGCAAGGACCAAUUUCAGUAAUCCUGUCCAUGUAAUGGCUUCCUAGGAUAGACAGAAGAAGACAAAGAUAAAGAGAGGAAAGAAAAAAGAAAAAGGUUUAGGGAGGAAUGCAAGGAUGGGGACAGGAACUGUGCUAGGAAUAGGGACCCAAGUAUCUUUCAACUUGCUCAGCCAAGGAAUAAGAUGUGUUAAACUGACACCAAUGUUUGUGAUAUUAGCAAUUGUAGUAUUGACUGUGUCUCCAGUCACAGAAUCGGCCAAUGUGAAAUUACAACCAGGUUCUGUCGAUCUUUUAGAAAGUGUUGACAUAAAUGGGCAUACAUGGGCCGAAGAUGAAUAUGAUGAAAUUACAGUAGAGAAUGUAACAGGAAUUUGUUGGGAUCGACCUCAGAAAGGCGGAAAAAUUGAAGAUGACUGGGGAUGGCGAAUUGGACCAGACUCCCAGCUCAACACGCAGAUACAAACAGUCUUCCCAUAUGGAUUUCCUGAAGACUUUGCCAUCAUUGCAACAUUCAGAGCUGAUGAAGCUGUUCAGGGCAAGCUAUUUACUAUAUACAGUGACAAGGAAGCCCAGGAGCUCAUGUCACUGUCGGUUGGCGACCAAGUCAGAUUUACAUAUACUGACAAAAAGGGAAAACCAGGACGAGAUGCAUCACCCAUUUUAAAUGUGACACUAAAUGAUGGCUUUUGGCAGCGACUGUCACUUAGUGUGAAAGGAGACGCUCUGACAGUCUUCCACAACUGCGAGCAGCUAGACACCAUUCCACUCAAGAGAACCCUACCCUCAGAAUUUGCAACCGAUGGAAUCAUUUUUGUUGGGCAUCAGCUAUUUGAAGAAGAUAUAUUUACAGGUGACCUUCAGGACCUGAUUAUUGUGCCUGAUCCUGAGGCUGCAUACGAACACUGUACAUAUUACACCCCUGAGUGUGACAAACCCUUCAAGUCAAAGAAGAAGAAGGGCAAGAAGGUGCAGUCGGGCGGCAAAAAUACCACUGCUGUCAAGACCAGUUUUGGCAAGGAUAUUGAAGCAGGACAGCUUCCUGGACUAAGAGUAGAUUUUGGAUCAGCUGAUCUCGAGGAAGUCGCUUACAGAUUUGGACCCCCAGGACCCCCAGGACAUAGAGGACCUGCAGGUGCCCCAGGUACUACUGGAGAUCCUGGUCUGGCUGGACGUGAUGGUAUUCCUGGAUCUAAUGGCGUUCCUGGACCUCCAGGACAUGUUUUUGUCAUUCCAAUGCAGUAUGAUCAGAAAGCAGGAGGGGACCAAGCUCAAGCAUUCAGGACCAUGCUUGCCCAACAUAUGCUGGCCAUGAGGGGAGCUGCUGGACCACAGGGUAUGAGCGGUCUCACUGGACGUGCGGGUCCCCCUGGUAUGGAGGGAGAGAAGGGAGAUCCUGGCAACCCUGGAGAACAGGGUCCAGUUGGAUCUCACGGUAUGCCAGGUGUUCCAGGACCUCAGGGAAAGAGGGGCAAACCUGGUCGUGAUGGCGAGAGAGGCAUGAUGGGACCACCAGGAGAUAAGGGUUUGACUGGCUUCCCAGGAAUACCCGGUAUGCCUGGAGAGAAGGGACAUCGUGGUAUUCCCGGUAAUUCAGGAGAGAUUGGACCAAUGGGCAGUGAUGGCGACCGGGGAGAUCCUGGUGAGCCAGGACUGGUUGGAGCACAGGGAGAUUUGGGUCCACGUGGAUUCAUGGGACCAAGAGGCCGUCCAGGACCCGUGGGUCCACCUGGUAUGCCAGGAUCAGAGGGCUCAAUGGGAUUCAAGGGAGACAGGGGACCUUUUGGAGCCCCAGGAGCCCCUGGCAACUCCGGAUCAUCAGGACCAACUGGUCCACCAGGUCAACCUGGACAACAGGGUCCUUCAGGCAUCAUGGGCGCCACUGGAAAGCCUGGACUCCCUGGUCUGUCUGGCGCCAUGGGACCACCGGGCAUGAACGGUGAUAAUGGCGAAUCAGGACCUAAGGGAGAUGCUGGUUCACGAGGACCAAUGGGUGUCAUUGGCUAUCCUGGACCCCGAGGAGUAAAGGGAGACUCUGGUCCCCGAGGACCUAUUGGCGACACUGGACCCAAGGGAACUCCUGGUCUGGAUGGAAUGAAAGGCGACAUGGGCAACAAGGGCGACAGAGGCAAUGUCGGUAUCCGUGGACCUAUUGGUAUCGAGGGUGUUGAUGGCAUGAAGGGAGAUUCUGGUCCACCUGGUGAGGUUGGCCCUGUUGGAAUGCCCGGAGAAAAGGGAAGGAUUGGAAUUCCCGGUUUCCCUGGCUACCCAGGACCCCCAGGAGAGAAGGGUGAACGUGGCAGGAAUGGCCGUCGUGGAAGAAGAGGAGCUCGAGGGAAGUUGGGUGUGCAUGGACCCCCAGGCGAGAGAGGCGAACAUGGACCAAGGGGUCAGCAAGGAGAGCGUGGAAAGCAAGGCAUCCCCGGCCCUAUUGGCCCCAAGGGAGAUACAGGAGCACCUGGGCCCCCAGGGUUCCAGGGCGAGCAGGGAAUUCAGGGAUCACCUGGACCCUCUGGACUCAUUGGACCUCCAGGAUCAAGCGGUCUCCCAGGAAAGGAUGGUAUGCCCGGGUUUAAUGGUGACCGUGGUGAACCUGGUCUGCCAGGAUCCCCCGGCCAACCUGGACCAAUCGGUGUCAUGGGACCUCCGGGAGCCCCCGGUGAACCUGGUACUGAGGGUGAACGAGGAUCCCCUGGUAACCCUGGUCCCCCUGGUGAUACUGGACUCCCCGGCCCUGGAGGAAAACCUGGAGCAGAGGGUCCUCCUGGACCACGUGGUGAGUCUGGAAUCCCCGGACCCCCAGGACAUGGAGGUUUCCCCGGAGAUAGAGGAUUCCCAGGACCUGCUGGUGAGAGUGGUAUUCCAGGUAUUGGCGGCCCGGUUGGACCUCAAGGACCUCCUGGCGAGAAAGGUUCCCAGGGAGAGCCAGGCCCAGCAGGAACUGCCGGCAUCAGGGGACGCAUUGGCCUACCUGGUCCACUUGGCAAGAGAGGGCUGAAGGGAGAUAUGGGACCCGAGGGCAUCCCUGGCCAGUCUGGAAUACAGGGACCACAGGGGCCUAGGGGCUACAGAGGACCAUCUGGACCAGUGGGUGCUCCAGGCUUGGAGGGAGAUAAGGGAGAUCCUGGCCCACCAGGAGAGAGAGGAUUCAAGGGAGACAAUGGUCCAUUUGGGCCACCUGGACCACAAGGACCUCAGGGACCACAGGGUGCAGUGGGUCCACCAGGCCCUUCCGGAGAACAUGGACUGCGAGGCAUACAGGGCGUGCGAGGCAAAAAGGGUUCCGAGGGCCCCAGGGGUUUGUUGGGACCUACAGGUCUCCCAGGUAUCCAGGGCAUGCCCGGUCCCCCAGGACCCAAGGGAGAGGCUGGCGAUCGUGGCUCUAUGGGACCACCAGGAGCUCCAGGACCCAUGGGAAUCCCCGGCGUUCCCGGAACACCAGGCACCCCCGGAGUGACAGGCAUCCCUGGCCCCGAGGGAUCCAUGGGACCGAAAGGAGAUCAGGGCGACCCUGGAACACCUGGUGUUGGUGGAAUCGAUGGAAAUCCUGGCCCACCAGGAGGCCCUGGUGCUAAGGGAGACGAUGGAAGAAUUGGUUUCCAAGGAGAUCCUGGCCCACGGGGAGAGCGUGGUCCUGAGGGAGACAAGGGAGAAGUGGGUCUGCCUGGUCAGACUGGCCCACCUGGAGAUGCAGGCGAAUCUGGACAGAAGGGAGAGUCUGGAACACCAGGAACUGAUGGAGAGCCAGGACCACCUGGUGUCAUGGGACCACCUGGACCUCAAGGAGAACCUGGUCUGCCAGGACGAUCUGGAAAACAGGGUGAGAUGGGUAUUCCUGGAGUGCAGGGCAGCUAUGGCGGCCCUGGUGAGAAGGGAGAUCGUGGUCUGAGAGGACCCCAUGGACAGAGAGGAGCACCUGGACCACCUGGUCCCGCUGGAGCUAAUGGACCUGUUGGACCCGUUGGACAACCUGGACCAGUGGGUGAACCUGGAGCAUCCGGACCCCCCGGCAUUCCUGGAGACCAGGGAGCUAUCGGACCAAUUGGACCUGCUGGCCCUAAAGGAAACAGAGGUGUAAAGGGAGUUAAGGGUCACCGUGGACCAAUGGGACUGAUGGGAAUGGAUGGCGAGCCUGGCCCCAAGGGAGAGCCUGGACCACGAGGUGUUGAGGGAACCAAGGGAGAGAAGGGAGACUUGGGUCCUCUCGGAUCAGCUGGACCUCAGGGUAUCGACGGGACUCCCGGUAUGCCUGGUCCAACUGGGCCCCCUGGCCCUAAAGGAGAAGCUGGUAUGACCGGACCGAAAGGAGAUGUUGGAGGACUGGGACCCCCAGGACCCCCCGGUCCCCCUGGUGAUGCUGGUUCCCUGCCCCUGGCGGACAUGGUCCCCCCACAGCCUUCCAAACGCAGGAGGAGAAGGAGGAGGAGGAGGCGACGAUCUGUGGAUGACAUGGACAUCCAGAAUGAUGUGCAGUCAGCAUUUAACCGUCUCCAGAAGAAGCAUACGGACAUCAAGGCACCAACUGACGAGAUCAAGAUGAAGCAUGUGAUGAAAGAGCUUGUGUCUAUCGUCUUCAAGCACAUCGAUGGUCUUCAGGAGGAGGUACACAAUAUCAAGUACCCACGGGGAACACGCGAAAACCCAGCCACUUCCUGUAGGGAAAUUAUGCUUGGACAUCCUAACUUCAAGAAUGGUUGGUACUGGAUUGAUCCCAACCUGGGAUCUGUAGAUGACGCCCUUCAAGUGUGGUGCAACCUCACAUCCAAAGGAGAAACCUGUAUCUACCCAACAUCUCGCACCAAGAUGAGUUCUGAGCAGUACUGGGAGAGAGACCCAGCCAGUCCCCACAAAUGGUACCAUGAGAUGGAUGGGGCACACAAGAUCCGCUAUGGCACCCCUGGCUCCCGCAUACAGAUGUCUCUGUUGAGACUACUGAGUGAGGAGGCCAUCCAACAGUUCACCUUCUUCUGCUCUGGCUCUGUCGCCUGGUACGAUCAGGCCAACCAAGGCUUCGAGAACGCCCUCACGCUACUUGGGGAGAACGACUAUGAAUUUGAUUAUCAACAGAAGAAGUGGAUAGAAGUUCUACAUGAUGGUUGCAGUGACCGAAGACAGAAUGGCUUCACAGUAAUCUCUAUCCGUACACGCAAGGUGAACCGCCUGCCGAUAGUGAGUUUCAUGCCGAUGGACUAUGGAAACCCAUGGCAAAAGUUCGGCUUUGAGGCAGGGCCAGUCUGCUUUCAUUGACACAAAUGCACAAGGCUAUGCACAGUGCUAAAAGCAAUUUCUUGCCAAGAGAAAUUUGUGAUAAAUAUUUUGUCAAUCAUUUUCUACUCCGUCCAAAUAAUAGGGCUUUCUGCAAGUACAAAACAUUGAUUUCGUUACACAUAUUGUAGUAUUAUCAUUGAAAUAUAGUGCUUUAAGAAUCUGGGAGUAACUUCACAUAUCACAUUACAACGUACCAAGCAUGCUGUCAGCUUCAUUCUUAUCAUUUGGAAUAAAAUCAUCUCAGAUACCAAAGAAUAUCCCUUGAACAACCCAAGGUAGUCAAAUUCUUCAUUGUAGUUAGAAAGUUCUGUCCAUAAUUCAAAACAGGAUCCUUUAAGCCUUUCAACAACUUUUCACAACACGGGACCAUAUCAGAUCAGUUGAUAUUGUAUACAGAAAAUGUUAUAAAAAACCCUGACUUUCGAAAUUUUCAAAAUCAAGGGGAAAAUACUUGAAAUGAAACUGGUUGUUCUAAUUUUAGAACAUUGUUGACAAAUUGCAGCCCAACUGGCAAUCCCCAAGUUGUUUGAAGCCUAGGACAGUGUGAUCUACAGUGUCGAGAAUGUUGCUAGUUUGUCAGGAGAUACAGUGUCGAGAAUGUUGCUAGUUUGUCAGGAGAUACAGUGUCAACACUGUCAUUCUCAUGGAAUCAGCAUAUCACUGCCAAAAAUGUAGAAUUAUUUCUUGAAAUAAACAUAAUUUUGGGA